AUGGUGCUCGCGGCCCCGCUGCUGCUGGGCUUCCUGCUCCUCGCCCUGGAGCUGCGGCCCCGGGGGGAGGCGGCCGAGGGCCCCGCGGCGGCGGGGGCCGGGGCCGGGGUCGGGGCCGGGGCCGGGGCCGGGGGGCCGCGCCCGGCCGAGCCCGACGGCUGCCCCGUGUGCGUGUGGCGGCAGCACAGCCGCGAGCUGCGCCUGGAGAGCAUCAAGUCGCAGAUCCUGAGCAAGCUGCGGCUCAAGGAGGCGCCCAACAUCAGCCGCGAGGUGGUGGAGCAGCUGCUGCCCAAGGCGCCGCCGCUGCAGCAGAUCCUCGACCUGCACGACUUCCAGGGCGACGCGCUGCAGCCCGACGACUUCCUGGAGGAGGACGAGUACCACGCCACCACCGAGACCGUCAUCAGCAUGGCCCAGGAGACGGACCCUGCGGUGCAGACAGAUGGCAGUCCUCUUUGCUGCCAUUUCCACUUCAGCCCCAAGGUGAUGUUCACAAAGGUACUAAAGGCCCAGCUGUGGGUGUAUCUCCGGCCUGUGCCCCGCCCAGCCACAGUCUACCUGCAGAUCUUGCGACUGAAACCCCUAACUGGGGAAGGGACUGCAGGGGGAGGGGGCGGACGUCGUCACAUCCGUAUCCGCUCUCUCAAGAUCGAGCUGCACUCGCGCUCCGGCCACUGGCAGAGCAUCGACUUCAAGCAAGUACUACACAGUUGGUUCCGCCAACCACAGAGCAACUGGGGCAUCGAAAUCAACGCCUUUGAUCCCAGUGGCACCGAUCUGGCUGUCACCUCCCUGGGGCCAGGAGCUGAGGGGCUGCACCCUUUCAUGGAGCUUCGAGUCCUAGAGAAUACCAAACGGUCCCGGCGAAACCUGGGUCUGGACUGCGAUGAGCACUCGAGUGAGUCCCGCUGCUGCCGAUAUCCCCUGACAGUGGACUUUGAGGCUUUUGGCUGGGACUGGAUCAUAGCGCCUAAACGCUACAAGGCCAACUACUGCUCCGGCCAGUGCGAGUACAUGUUCAUGCAAAAGUAUCCGCAUACCCACUUGGUGCAACAGGCGAAUCCAAGAGGCUCUGCUGGGCCUUGCUGUACCCCCACCAAGAUGUCCCCAAUCAACAUGCUCUACUUCAAUGACAAGCAGCAGAUUAUCUACGGCAAGAUCCCUGGCAUGGUGGUGGAUCGCUGUGGCUGUUCCUAAGGUGGGGGACAGAGGAUGUCUUCCCCCACAGACCCUUCCCCUAGAUCCCCGGCCCAGACCCCUUGUCCCGUCAGGCCCUAGAGCCCCCUCUACGUCUUUCCAUGAACAUCACACCUUGUUCCCUGCCCAAGCAGAGUGCAAUACAACAGAGGGAGGCAGGUGGGGAUUGAGGGUUGAGGGACUUGGGGGAAAGGUAGGGGAAGAGGGGGCAUGGCCAGGUGGGGAUGGGAGUAUUUGAGGUUUGCAGGUGUUUUGCUAAGACAGAGAGGAUGUAGACAGGUAGAGCAGAGGGAUAGAGAAAGGAACAAAAUGCGCAACAGUGAGAAGGCAGAGGGAUAGAGAGAUGGAAGAGACAGAGACUAGGCAGAAAUAAACAAUGAGAAAGAUACUGAAAUGGAGUUCCAAGUUCCACACCUUUCUUCCACUGGCAAGGUGAGGGCCUGGUAUGGUUUAGAGAGAUUCCUUGAUUACCAAUCUCAUCAGGAGAGGAGAUAACAAGGAAUCCAUUUCUGGCUUCUUCCCUAUUUCCCUCCAGCAGUGGCCAGAGGAAGGAAAGUGAGGAUAGGGCCAAAAGUGAAGAUUUGGGAAUUUUAUUUAUUUAUUUAUUUGUGGUUUUUCUUUUCUUGGUAUUUGGCUUUAUCAAAAUAGAGAGGCCCUGCUCACAGUGCCCCAUUUGUUCCUUAUUCCCCAAACCCUGUUCUCCCUCAGCAACCACCUACUUAAGCACUUGUAUAAAGCCUCUAUGGAGGGUUGGGAAAGGGAGUAGAGGGCAAGAGGACUGACACAUGGAAGUUUCCAACCCAUAACCACCCUAUCUUCCUGAGCCAAACGGGUUGAAUUGAAUUCCAGUGGUCCCAGAAACAAAAGGUUAGGUUUUAGGAGCUGUGGAAUCGGGGGAAGAGAGCCCUCAACCUCCAGGAUCUGCACAAGCCACUCAAUUAACUUUCAGGCCCGCCCGCAUAGUACUGAGAUAGUUAGUCAGAGGUUGGGGCCUGCUUAUGCCCAAAUUUUACCCAGUGAAGAGAGAGACCAAAGAGCCUGUGGAAUACCCCUGCUUGAAGCCUCUAUCGUUAGGUCAGUAAAAAGGAAAUGAUACAUAUCCCAGAGCUCCUGAGUCUGGGAAGGGAUAGGAGAAGUCGGGAAAGGAGCAGUAAGGAGGCUGACAGUUAAAGGGCAUUUGAAUCCAAAUCAUUGUUCUGGGCUAGGGGUAGAGCCAGCAGACCAAGGUGAAAGGAAUUCUGGAGAGGGGGCAUUUUAGUUCCCCAGCCCCAAAGCUCAGGAAGGGGGGAGAACUAGGGAACAGAGUGUCUAUAAUUAUUUUUAUCUUUAUUUUUGGAAUCUAGCAGUUAACUGGCAGCAGGGAGAGGAUAAUACAGUGAGGGGAAUGCAUCUGACAAGGCCAGUUAGAACAGGAUGGGAAGAAUGGGAUCCCUGGUUUGGAAAGGUAGGAAACAAGCAGGGACUGGCUGCCAAUCCAAGUCACUAGCUGGGCCCAUUCAUUCCUCCCACAAACCUGACUGCCUUCCUCUAGACUCACUGUGCCUCGGUUUCUUCCCCUCAAUGGAAUGAGAUAUAGCAGCACCCGCCACAGCCAAGAGAUGAAUUCUGAGCACUUACCACGGGCACUUUAUGGACAAAAAAUAAUACCUCUCGCUGUGGAACAGAUAACCAGGGCACCAAAAUAGUGGUGAAGAGAUGAGGCUUAGAAGAGUCACAGGCUUCAGAGAACAAGUCUUCCCCUCUGCCUCCCAACUGGACAGUGCCUAAGCCAAGGAGUGGAGAACAUUCCUGUCCAUACCUAUCCAUACCUCACCAUCAGACCUCUUGGCCUCGGGCAAGAACCUACAGGAUGACAGGAGAAGAGGGGAAAAGAACCUUCAGCAAAAUGAUUACUCUAAGUAGAGCCAGCAAUUAUGCAAACAGUACUGAAGUAAAGCCUGAGCUGGAGAGAUGGCAUAGGAGGCUUUUCUUCCCCAGAGCAUGGCUGCCCCACCAGGGCAAAGGUAUGUGACUGCCCUUGGGAAGGUGUUGUAGUGAGCUUUGGCAUCUUAUUCCUAUUCCCAUACUGGAAAAGACAAGGCUUUUCAGUACAGGAAUGGGUGUGAGCACUACAACUAGUCUCCCAUAGAGCAGUUAUGCCAACCCCUAGCCUCUCUUCUUUGGUCCUAUUCUUCAUCCUUCUACUAGUCUUGAAGAGCAAGUUACAGCUGACUAUCGCAACCACUGUUCACAUUUCCUUGGUGGAAAGAGUGCAACAAAGAACAGAAGAUGCCUCCUCCAAGGUCAAAUGUCCAUGUCUCUUGAUCUUGACAAAGGGCAGGGGUUGGGUAUUAGGUAUCAGGUGAUUUCCCUCUACAAGUUCUAGAGAGCUGGGGCAUUAGUUGGGGGACAUUUAGAAUAUGUCCCUUAAUACCACCAAAUAAAAACCUUUGUUGGGGUGGGGGGUGUCUUUCUCUUAUGAACAUAAAUCUAGGAGUUAAAGUCUCAUUCCCCUGAUCCUCCCAAUCCUAAAGAGGCAUGGGUAGAGAUUUGGGGGCACAGCCCAGCGACCUAUAGUGGAAGCUAGCACCCCGUUCUCCCACCUUAUAUGUGUGUGAAUCUGGCCAGUGCCCCUCUGAUCAUUAGUGUAAUUAUUAUUUGUGUUAUUUGUUAUACCAUGUGUGUGAUUGCCUUUGUUUGUUAAGGAUGUGUGAGGAGUAUGGGGCUGACAGGGGCACUGGAAUGCCAGGAAAGGGAUCAAUGCUUCCUGGAAGAACCAUUGCAAAAGGCCAUCAGGUAGUUUUCAAGUUAUGUGACAGAGGGCAAAGAUGGCCAUAGGGUGCUCUGAGUUUUGGGAUGGUCACAUGACACAAUCCAGCACUUGAACCUGAAAAAAGAAAAAUAAAAGCAGUCAAAGAGUUUAGAA